CACUUCCGCUUUGCGUCUGCAGGCACGAGCAGUUUGAGAAAAGCUCUCGCGACUGAAAGGAAGAUCCGAGCCGAGACUCCUGUAUAUAUUUUUAACCAUUUCCGAGAAGCGAUGGCUGAAAGCGACUGGGACACCGUGACCGUGCUGCGAAAGAAGGGCCCGACGGCAGCGCAGGCCAAGUCCAAGCAGGCCGUAGCGGCGGCGCAGAGACGGGGCGAAGCACUCGAAACUUCAAAGAAAUGGGCUGCCGGCCAGAACAAGCAGCACCUGGUGACGAAGAACACGGCCAAGCUGGACCGCGAGACGGAGGAGCUGCACCAUGAACGCGUGCCACUGGAGGUGGGGAAGGUCAUCCAGCAGGGACGGCAGAACAAGGGGCUGACGCAGAAAGACCUGGCCACUAAAAUCAACGAGAAGCCCCAGAUUAUUGCUGACUAUGAAAGCGGGAAAGCCAUUCCCAACAACCAGGUGAUGGGCAAGAUUGAGAGAGCUAUCGGGCUGAAACUGCGUGGGAAGGACAUUGGGCAACCCCUCGAAUUCAAGAAGAAAUGAGAACAAAGCCUCGAAGUCAGCCCCCCCCCCCAGGCCCCCCAUCCACCCCCCCUACCUGGGCUGAUAUCACCUGGAUCCUACUGGGGAACCAGGUGUCCAACUCAUUGCCAAGCUGAAGAAUGAGCAGCUUAUAUCGUGUAACAGUUUUCAAGGUGCUGUGAUUUUUUUUUUUGCAUGAGGGCAUCUUAUUUUGUGACGGAGACGCAACAUCUGAAUUUUAGCUGAGUGGCUGGGCUCGAGUGGGAUUUUUCUUUAAUCUUAAGAAUGCUCCAUCCGUUUUAGUUCUGCUUUGACCUGCUUCAUCACAGGUUUUAUGUGAUGAGGUCAGAGCUGAACAGACAACAUGCAUCUCUGAGCUGUACCUUUGUACUGGACUGUAAUAAAAACGAAUAAUUCUGCA